GUGCGGCAGCCUGUUCUGCCUGCUUAGUUAGUCACCCCCUAGAUUUAACCAAAGUUCGCAUGCAAACAACAACCGGAGUAAACGUGAAAGGAACUCUUAAAACUGCAAUUGAUAUAAUAAAAAAUGAAAAAUUUCCCGGAAUAUAUAAUGGAUUUUCCGCUAGCAUUUUGAGACAGGCUACGUAUUCUACAAUGAGAUUUGGAGUUUAUGACAAAUUAAAAUUGUUGCUAAGCAAAAAUGGAGGGUGCAUCAGUGGAGCAUUUGGAAAUCCGGCAGACCUUGUAAUGGUUCGCAUGCAAAAUGAUGCAAAGUUACCAUUAGAAUUGCAACGUAACUAUAAGAAUGCGUUUGAUGGUCUUUAUCAAAUAAUCAAAGCGGAAGGAUUGAAAGGUCUUACUCGAGGUAUCGGACCAAACAUGAACCGAGCCAUCUUUAUGAAUUCAUCACAAAUAGCAUCGUAUGAACAAAUUAAACAGUUGCUAUUGGAGACUAAAUUAUUUGGUGAUAAUAUGGCCAUUCAUUUCAUUUCUAGUUUUUUGGCGGGAUUCGUCGCUACAACUGUCUGUUCACCAAUUGAUGUUAUUAAAACUCGUAUCAUGAACUCAACUGGAAUGAAGCAAAGUUUUGUGACCGUGUUUACUUCGACGAUUAGUAAUGAAGGACCUCAAGCACUGUUCAAAGGUUGGGUACCAGCUUUUGUGCGAUUGACGCCACAUACAGUAGUGACAUUUAUGGUUUUAGAACAGAUAAAAAAGUUUUAUGAUAGGCGAACUGAAUUAAGAAUAAAAGCUACUCAUGAUUGGAGAUAUCAUUAA